AUGUUUUGGAGCUUUGAUAGGACAUCGAAACCCCGCCACAUUCAGCUCAUUGCGCUGGGUUCAAUGUUGGAUAUUAAGCGUUUCGCCGGUCAGUCUUUUGCAUUGCAUAAAUACAGGCCAGCUGGUAUGUCUACUUUGUGUCUGCUUAUGUCACUUAUCAUGGUCUGUUUGGCUGAAAUGGUGUGCCACCUGCCUGACUCAAGCACAGGAACUGUCGGGUCAGUCUCCAAGUUGCUGACAAGAUACGUUGAUCCAUCACUGAGGUUUGCGAACAGAUCGGUCGAAGCUGAGCGGGAAACUUAG